AUGAACCACCCGCCCUCUGGCUUUGGGCGCAGGGCGUCCCAAGGCAGCAGUGGCAGUCCCGUGUACUCCGGCCCUCAAGAACAUUCUGCUCCGCCAGCCUUUGGUAGUCGACAAAUGCCUCCUCCAUCUCCUCCACACUCCUACGGCGCCCGAUCGCAGUCGACCAACGCGCCCGCCUCAUCCCUACUUUCCCGCGAUGCGCCCAGUGCACCAUCUCAUCGUCCCGGUAGCAGCAUGUCCAUCUCUGCCAUGCUAGGAUCGGAUUCAGAACGCCCGGCCCGAGAUACUGGUUCAUCACUUUUUUCGCGACCUCCGGGGUCGUCGAUUUUCGGGAAUGCGCCUCUGUCCACCUCUUCCGCCAUGUCACCACCCACGGGCCCGUCUCGACCAUCACCACUGGAUCAGUCCGGGUUCCGUCGAUCACAUACUCCUGAGAAGUCGUUCUCGAGGCCGUCGAUGGGUAGGCCGUACCGAUCUGGUUCUGGUGGAGGAUCGAGUCUGCUGGGAGGCGUCGAGCAGGCUAAAUUUGGCGGCCUGUCACGCGCACCACUCUCCCAAUACCCCGAGAAACCGCACUCCACGAACCCGUCUCCUCAAAUUUCCUCUGCCGAACCGCCUUACAACGAGCCCCGUCGGAUGAGCUUCAGCGGGCCCAUCGCUCGGCCCAACAGCCAACCACCGAACGCCGAUGCUUCAACACGCCCUCCCGGUUACAGUCCACUCUCUCGCCCGUCCGGAGGUCCUCCAGACCGAUACGAGCCUGGAAAGCGUGCUAGCUCUUCGUCAUAUGCAAGUCUCGACCCGCUCGGUCGGGAUCCUCACGGUCGAUUCGGUAGUAUCUUUGGGGACCGCCGCUCGGAAGAAACUGCCCUGAGAGAACGGGAACGGGAGAGAGAGAGGGAACGAGAGCGUGAGAGGGAACGAGAGCGUGAGAGGGAGCGUGCUCUUCUUGGGGCGGAUACAAAGGGCCCGCUUGGCACGCAAACACGAUUUGGGGCUUUGUACGGCGAACGCGAACCGCUCGAACGGCACUCGGCGUCAACUUGGGAUCACGGCCGCUCGCAUCCGUCAUCCCCCGAGUCAAAACGGUUCCCGGCACCCGAUGCAGGAUCAGGUUUCGGGUUCGGUGCCAUUCAGAGUUACACCAAGUCUUUGGGAUCUCAGCCUGGGGGCGGUCGUCAGCCUCCUUUGUCACUGCAAACUGGUCAUGGCCAAGUCUCGCCCACUCAACGCGAAUCGCCCUAUCUCAGCAAGUCCCAAACGCAACCCUCGCGUUUGGGUUCGACUCCUGCAACGGCCUCUUCCACGACAGCUCCCUCGCUCGGACUGUCUGCUGUUGAGGAGCAAGAUCGACGCAAAGGUAGUGAUGAGCUUCUCCAUCACCGGAACCUGCUGGCAGUGGGCGUCGAUGGCAAACGUGGUGGCCGGGCUUCUCCACUGCCUCAGGCUGUUCAAGGUGCUCAAGCUCCGUUUAUCAGUCCCUCUGGGGAACCUGGAAUUAAAAAUGAGCUGGGCAGAGUGUUCUCUGGAAUUGGCAGCGGUGUCGGCGGUGUGACUGGUGGCUCAUCGGGUAGUGGCCCAUCGACGCCGCUAAUUGCAAGCCCAUUCAAGCGCGACAGUCUCACUGGUCGCUCAGUAAAUGGGGAUGUCGAAGAUGCUAAGGCUGCUCGACCAACAUCCGCGACCGGUCAACGGCGAUCAAGGAAAUCGCGGGAUGAAGAAGUCCCGAUGGAUGACGGUGGUGCCGGGGUCUCUGGCCGUGGUCGUCGAUCUCGACAUGUGCAUCAUCACCAUCACCACCACCAUCAUCAUCGCCACAAGGCAGAUGAAGAAGCCGCUACUCUCAGUAGCCUACAUCGGCCUACGUCCACUAACCUGUUAGGCCGAACUUCUACUCCCGCCGAAGUUCCUGCGGGCCACCAUCACCAUCAUCAUCACCACCAUCAUCACGCACCCCGAGCCACAGCCACUGUGCCUGCAUCUCCCAUCCGGGAGCCUCGUACGACUGUGAAUCUCGAGCCUCUCCUAUCAAGCGUGGCGCACUUGCCACGGCAUCACCUGGGAUCCACGCUGUAUACCCCUCGCAUCGGCGUCCCAGGUGCCAAAGCUUCCACGGAAAGCUCCAAGUUCGGCUACACAACGACCCCGCAACCCCUUCCCCGGUUCGAGCAACGUGAAAACUGCACUUUCACCGUUCGCGUUCCCCGCUUCCGCAUCGAUGCGGCUCGGCGUGAGGAGAUCUGUGCGCGACGAGCGUUGUGGGGCACAGGCGUCUAUACGGACGACUCCGACCCCGUUGCCGCUGCCAUCCACUCGGGAUACAUCCGAGGUGCUUGGGGGGAGGAUGUGGAUGAAUCCAUGCUCGAUCUGGAAAUCAAGGAUACCUACCAACAUGCUCCACAGCCCACAGCCGAAGACCGUGCUGCAAGUGCCUCCAAGAAUGACCAGGAGACUCGCAAGCCCCGUCUUCCGCCAGUCCCUCCUGCCGACAAGGACCUACACAUUACCCUUUUGAUCCUGCCCCGUGUCGACCAGUACGAAUCUACUGUAAUGUUCGGUCUCAAGUCCCGCAAGUGGGCCGGCCGUCAUGACGGGGUAAGCUUCAAGGUCCACCGAGUGGAGUGGGUGGAUGAUGGGGUCGGACGCGGGGAAGAGCGAAGCGGCGAGGCCCGACGCAAGCGUCUGCGUACGUUGAUGCAGACGGGACGCAUCUGUACGGGGCCGGCCAUGGCGAGGAUGGAUGAGCUUCGUCAGAGCGGAGUGCAAGUUCCCCGUUCUCUAGAGGGCCAGGAGCAGCCCACGCCCGUUCAACCGGUGUCUUAA